AUGCAGCUAUCCCUGAUCGAUCCGGAGGCUUUCAAAGAUGGCUUCAGCCUUGGAGCAUUUCUGUCUGGAAUCGCAAACGGAGUGCUUGACCCUAAGGCGCAGCCCGCUGGGCCUAAGCCGGAUUCCAGCACAGCAGCUGCCGCGGCGCGGGUGUCCCUGGACAAGGCUCGCGCGCUGCUGGAGGUUUUUGAGAAGGCUGAGUCCGAGGCGUUCUACACCCAUGGCGAGGUCUCCAAGGGGGUGCAGGCCCUGCAGAACACCCUGGCGGCAGAUCAGGCUAAGUACCAGAAAGCCCUGGCCUCGUGCAGCCGGCACUCGGAAAAGGCCCGGGAGGCAUUCCGGCGCGUGGAGGAGCACAGCAACCGCGUGGGGCAGGUCGGCACCAGGCUGGGAGAUAGGCUGCAGCGUGCCGACGGUCUCCGUAGCCGCGCUCAGGAGUUGAUUCGUCUUCUGGAUUACCUGGCCCUCUUCGUGGUGCUGCCUGGGGGCGACCUGGCCUUCACUGAGGGCCUACCGGGUCUGUUUUGGGAGGACAAGAAACUGGUGGAGGCGGCGACAAUCGCGCACAAGUUGAGGGCCCUAACUUCGGAAGUGGCGAAUGCGGGGGAGAGAAACAGACUGGCUGGAGCGGCAGCGGCGGCGGAAGACGCCGCGGCCGCAGCCGCCGGCAGCGGUAAUGCGGCGGCGGCGGCGGCUCCUGGAGGCAGCGGUAGUAGUGGCGGCGGCGGCGCUGCCGCCGCUGCUACGGCGGCGGAGCGGCCGGAGAUGGAGCCAGCGGUGGGGAGCUUGGAGUACGGCAUUCGGCGGUUAGGGCAGUACUGCGUGUGGUUGGAAAACCGUGUUGUGGGCAGAUUUGACCAGGCCGUGGAGGAUGACAAUCUACGGGUGAUGGGCGAAUGUGCCAGGAUCAUGGCGGCCUUUGAUAGGGAGAAGGCCAUCAUACAGGCACGGAGUUUGCGGACCUCCCUGUGCCGUUACGUGUUGAUGUUCAAUAUGUGUCUCGGGCUUUGGAGGUCUGGGCCGCGCUACAUCUCGCUACUGCCGGUGUUUCAAUCCUCAGUGGACGAGCUGACCUGGGUACGGGAGCCGGCAGUAGCUGCGGAUGAUGCGGUGGUUUCGGAGCGACUCAGACCGCUGUCGCGACUGUACGGCACGCUGGGGGACACGGUCGCGGUGGAGGCUGGUCGUAUGUCGUCCAUCUUUCCGGACGCCCGUACGGCACUCCAGAUGCUGGUGGCCAAGGUAUUUGGGGACCGUGUGAUCAUGGCGUUGGAGAGGUUGCUAGAGGAUACCUCAGAGGACGCCUUUAGCAGCAGCACCAGCUACAGCUCCGGCAGGCCGUUGGACGAGCUGGACGACGUGAAUGAGGAGUACGGCAGCGAUGCCGGUUCUGGGCGCUUCAGCCGCCGCCGCCGACGACGACGACGACGCGGUGGCCGCAGUGGCCGCGGCGUUUUGGAUCUCCGCAUGCGUCAUGAUCGACAAUCUGGGGAUGGCGGCGGCGGCGGAAGGGCCAGCGGCGGCGCCGGUGGUGUCGGCCGCCGCCGUCACAGCGACGGUGGCGACAGCGCCGGGCCUAGCGUUCUGGCGCUGCAUUUAUACCUGCGCCUGCUGGCGGCAUCGUACGUUCGUACCAGAGAGCUUGCGGAACAGGUGGACUCCGCGACGUCGGGCCAGGUGGAUGUCAGCGGACUGGUGGGCGGUGUGUUUCAGCAGUUUUUGAAGCUGUAUCCGGCUCCGGAGCUGCAGUGGCUGGACCUCAUGGCGGAGAAGGAUCUGGCGCCCGAUUUCGAUUCUGGGGACCCGCUCCAUCGCCCCGCUCUCACCCUGGCCAUUGCUGAGGGCCUUAUUCGCCGAAAUGCGGAAGCCGUACAGCGCUGCGCGCUGAUGUGCCCGGCGGCCCAGGUGCCGUCAUCCGUACGGUUGCUGUACGUCGGCGAGGCGCCGUACGACGGCAGGAUGCCGGGUUGCCUCAUGGAGCACCUACCCGGUUACCUGAUCGCGGGUGUGGAGCGGGAAAUGGAGCUCACCCUCCAACUGGACGGCCGCGGGGAUAUGGAGGCAGCCAACUUAUACCGCCGACCACCACAACUACAACUACAACAACACGUGGUACGACAGCAAGGCCCUCCAGUGGCGGCGGCGCCGCCACUACCUCCGCCGCCGCCGCCCAGGCCGCCGGUGACACGCGCCGCCGCCGCCCAGGCCGCCCAGGCUUACGUGGCUGUACGAGUGGCCCCGGUGCUUUGUGCCGUACAGUACAGCAGCCAGGUUGUUAAGCGGUUGCAGGAAUACCACGUGAAGGUAAUUCUGCCCCCCCUGGAGUCCUCCGCCCCGGAGGUGUCGGCCUGUGCUACGGGUCUGACCCUGGGUGUUCGGGCUGUGGAGGGCGCGGUGCUGUCGGUGAUGCACGCGCUGGUGGACAUGGUGGUGAUCCAGGCCGAGAAGGUUCUCAUGUACGAGCAACGGCGGUCGGAGUUCCUCCCCCCCGGAGAUCACCUGGAUGCCGUACUGCUGGACAGACCUACAGACGCGUGUUUGCUGGUUUGUGCUCUAUUUGAGGCACUGGGCAAGGUUGCACGUGACAGUCUGUACGGCAGCAACUUGAGCUCCUUCCUGCUGGACGUGGGACUUCGAAUGCAUGCCACCUUCCUGAAUCACAUGCAACAAUAUGUGUAUAACGCUGCCGGUGCGCUCCGCUGGCGCAAUGACGUGGCAGCUUACUGUGAUGUGUUUCGGAGCUGGGGUCUGCCCUUGCUAGACAGCCGCUUGGGGGCCGUGGGGGGUUUGGUGGGGAUACUGGUGGUGGAGCCCGAUCAGCUGCUACCGCUCAUUAACGGGACCCUAAGACUGGAUCACAGGGAGGCCAUCAAGUACGUCCGGCUGCGUCAGGACUUCCACACGGCCCGAGUACAAGGCCGCGCCCUGCAGCAAAUAUUUGGAAGCGAGGAUGCCGUACCCGGACAGCCGGCAGUAGCAGCAACAGCGAUAGGGCCCGGCGGCGGCGGCACCGCCACCGCUGCCGUCGCUGGCGGCGGUAGCAGGAGAUGA